AUGGGCAAUCAGCCAACGAAGCAUACGACCGGAAAGCCUAAGAAGGCUGUCCAUUGGAAAUCGGCAGAGCCCCCCGCUCCGCCGGGCAAGCCAGUCCUCGUCCCGGGAACACCCUCAUCCGCACCCGAUAUCGUGACCAUCCGCUGGAACCGUCCACCAACCGAUGGCGGUUCGCCGAUCCUCGGCUAUGUGGUGGAACAGCGGCGCACCGGCUCCCCGCACUGGGUCCGCCCGUGCCCUUCGUUGAUCCAGCAGACGGAACUUUCGCUCAGUGGUCUGGAGCCCGGCUGGCGCUAUCAGUUCCGCGUGAUGGCCGAGAACAUCGUGGGCCGAUCGGAGAGCAGCGAACUGUCCGAUCCACUCACGGUCACGCUGCAGCGAAAUGCCAUCUCUGCGCCACGCUUUGUGCACGAGCUGUUCGACGCGACGGCCGUCGAGAAUGAGAAGGUGGAGUUCCGGGUGCAGGUUGCCGGCACGCCAGCCCCGCAGAUCAGCUGGUUCAAGGAUGGGUUCGAGAUCUACAGCAGCCGCCGGGCGCGGAUCGUCACCGAGGGUGACGCCAGCGUACUCGUCAUCCACCAGACUGCCCUGACGGACGAGGGCGAGAUCAAGUGUGCGGCGACGAAUCGUGCUGGCCACUCGGUGACACGUUGCCACCUAACGAUCGACGCACUGCCAAAGAUCCGCCUGCCACGCCAGUACGAGGAUGGAUUGAUUAUAGCGGCGGAAGAAGUCGUGCGACUGAAGGUCGGGUUGGCGGGACGUCCGGCACCAGCCGUCGAGUGGACACACAAUGGUGAGCCACUAGCGAACGACGCACGCCACGAGAUAGUCACCUCGGACAAACACACCACGCUCAAGCUGACAGCCAGCCAGCGUGCCGACCGGGGCGAGUAUAACAUCCGUGCGAUCAACAAGCUCGGCGAGGACAAUGCCUCCUUCCUGGUGACGGUCACGGCUCGACCAGAACCUCCGGGUAAGGUCACGGUAUCCUUCUCCUACGGAAAAACGGCCACGCUUAGCUGGGCCGCACCGGACGACGACGGAGGGUGCGAAAUCGGGAACUACAUCGUCGAGUACUACCGGGUGGGAUGGGACGUAUGGUUAAAGGCGGCAACCUGUCGGCAGCUGAGCGCAACCCUGAACGAUCUGAUCGAGGGCUCACAGUACCGGUUCCGUGUGAAAGCGGAAAAUCCGUACGGCCUCAGUGACCCCAGUGAGGAGUCGGAGGUGCUGUUCGUAGCCGACCCGAAACGAGGUAUCACCGAUCCAUCGAAGAUGGCCUCAUCACAACCCGCCACGCUGCCCCGCAAGCGACGCGAUCAAUCUCGCUCACCAUUACGGGACACGGCCGGCUCGAGGCCGAAGAAAGCGUUCACACCGGAACCGUACGGUCGUGCGGACGUUAUCCGCGAGAUGUCCUACGGCACACCGAUCCAAGGCUACCAGAGCUAUCCACAGGAGCCACCUUCGGCGGUGGGUCUGCCGGAGGUGGUCAUCACAGAACCUUCCGCUGGAGCUCCACUUGCGGAACCCGAAUCCGAAACGGAAUUCAACGAUCCUCCCGCCAGUGCGUCACUGCAGGCCAUGCAGAAGCUCUCCCGCGAACCUAGUCCUCUAUCGCACUCAUCGCCUACGAACUCCCUGGACCCGAUGGGCUCCAGUUCCGUCAACGGAGACGCACAGGGACGCGACGAUACACAGCCUUCGCAGAAGGCGGCCAUUCACAACAGCUCCGAGUUUAUGUUGGUCUUGUACAACGAGCAAGAAGCGAAGAAAUCGACACGUAAUUCUACCUUCGACUUUGAGCUGGAUGAAUUGGUCGCACCGCCGCCACCGUUGUCUCUGUCGGCGCCGGAACUGAACGUGGAGCCACCGCCAGCUCCAACGAUGCGCGCCGGAGUCAGCUCCAGCGAGCUGUUAUACGAGCGAGCGAUGGCACGGUUCUAUCAGGCCGUGGCAUUCGAGGAAUCGGAGAACCAACGCAAGGAAGCGUUGGAGCAGGAACUGGCCGCACGAAAUCGGCAGCAAGCUGCAGUUGGAGCUCAAGAUCAUGGAAUGCAGGAGGAAAAGGGUGUCACAACGACGACGGUUAGCAACCGGCUGGCCGACAGGCGAAGUAGCUUGCGUAAGCGCCUCUCAGGCGACAAGGAAUCUAUCGUGAAGCAGUCGAGUUUCGAGCAGGAACAGCAGACCCAUCAACAACAGCCAGCAUCAGAGCCGCAACAGCAGCUGCUUUCACAUUCCACACUCGCCGAGGAAACGAUCGUGGAAGAGCCGCAAAGCGAGCAUUUGGACAGCGGCGGUCUGUUGGGUCUUCAGUCGGAGGAGGGUGACGAGGACUCCGUGUCGUCCUCGAUGAGCUCGAUGCUGGAGGAGAUGAAACGACGCGAACAACAGCAGAAACUCCUGGAGCAGCAAUUCAUGGCGCAUCAGAAGCGUCGCGGGUUCAUGGAUGACGACGAUACCGAUGAAGAACCUUACCAUCCGGGAGGGCAACGUACCCGAUCCCCGUACCGAAAUCCGGAUCCGAGUCAAGCGAUCGAGAUCCUCACCAGACCGAUGCCCCGUCCGGAUCCGAACUUUGUCCCGAAGCCUAUCCUGAAGCGACCCUCGACGGAAAUCUUGGCGAAAGAUGAACAGACGGCUCGGAAGCCAAUCACCCAACCAGUCACUUUGCAGACCAUCCAACCAGCCCAACAACGUGAGCCUUCUCCUCAGAAAACACCCGAGCGUGAAAAAUCUCCCAUUGCAAGAAUGGGCUCUCCUGCUCCACCUCGUUCUCCAACUCCACCUGCCCUGGAGUCACCACGACAGGAGGACAUUCCGAGGCAACAGGAAGAAAAACAAGGAGUAGAUGAACCGGAGUAUCCGCUCUCACAGAAACAGCCACCGGCUCAGGAGGACAUCACUCGGGCGAUCGUGUCGGAGGUGGCUCGCCAGCGUCGACUCGAGUCGCGCCAGAACUCGAUCGAGGAGUCCCGGGCGGUGGCCGAUUUUUACAGCGACAUGGUGCAACAGAUCGAGAGCUCCAAGAAACCACGCAAGCUUCCACUGUACAUGAGCCCGGACGAGGUGCGGAAGUUGAACGAGCGCGAAUACUCACGAAACUCCUCACGAGCCGGUUCACGUUCUCCACUUCCGCUCGACGAGUCGUAUCUCAUCCACAGCAGACGUACCUCACGCUCACCGUCCCUGUCCACCGACCAUCCGGCCGUGAUGGUCGUACAGCGUUCGGGUAAACCGGCACGUGAAAGCAAGAUCCUGCGUCAACGGUCCGCUUCCAUUGAGAGCGAUGUUACCUCGGUCAGGCUUCCCUCGGUGGUGAGAGAUGCACAGGUUCCGGCUGGAGGUCCUCCACCGGUAAUCCGAGAAGAGAACGGACGCAUCGGACGACCGGUGGAAAAAAGACGUGGCUCGGCGACAACCGGUGCUACCAUAAGGAACCGAUCGCGAUCGAACUCUGCCGCUCGGACGGGAGCGUUGGCAGGACCCAAACCAAAGCUCGCUCCGCCUGUGACUCCGCCAGCAUCAUCGGCCAUCACCUCCAACACCCCACGUCCGGUGGACCUGAAACAAUCAUCACCAGAACCACCGUCACUACCCACCACCCCACCCAAAGCGAUCGAACCAGAAUCUCAGCCAACAACCUCGGACUCCUCGGAAGUAGGCCUCAAACCGACCGUGUCCUACCUGACGGACGUGGCACUGUUUGCGAUUGCCUGUUGGCUCUAUUUGUUCAAGAAUCCCAAACUAGCGAUCCCCGUCAUCCUGCUGAUCAUGUACCGACACAUCCGCGAGGCGGUGAAGGAUAAAAUUCCCGCCUGGAUGCGACGAAAGGAAGCGACCAGCUGA